UUAAGAAAUAUAUAUAGGAGCACAAUUCGGCCCUUGCCUCUCUGCCAUCUGAACCCCGCUCCGCAGCCGAAGAUCCGAAGUCAUGGCCGCCCUUCGCCGCCUCUCGUCGCGGUCCAUUCUCCCGCUACGCCAAAUCGUCUCCCGGCCCUUCUCCUCUUUCUCCGGCGAUGAUCAGACGGUCCUCACGAUCGAGACAUCCGUCCCCUUUACCGGCCACAUGAUCGAACCCCCGUCCCGCACCGUUGAGACCACCCCGAAGGAGCUCCUCACCUUCUUCCGCGACAUGUCAUUGAUGCGCCGGAUGGAGAUCGCUGCCGAUUCGCUAUACAAGGCGAAGCUCAUCCGCGGUUUCUGCCACCUCUACGAUGGCCAGGAGGCGGUCUCCAUCGGCAUGGAGGCCGCCAUCACCAAGAAAGACGCUAUUAUAACUGCUUACCGUGAUCACUGCAUCUUUCUAGGCCGCGGUGGCACGCUUUUGGAAGCCUUUGCCGAGCUCAUGGGCCGUCGUUCAGGUUGCUCCAAGGGCAAGGGUGGAUCCAUGCACUUCUACAGGAAGGAGACUCACUUUUACGGUGGACAUGGAAUCGUUGGUGCGCAGAUCCCGCUUGGAUGUGGGAUUGCUUUUGCACAGAAAUAUUGUAAAGAUGAGACUGUAACAUUCACGAUGUAUGGAGACGGAGCGGCCAACCAGGGGCAACUUUUUGAAGCUCUCAACAUGUCAGCGUUGUGGGAUUUACCAGUGAUUUUGGUUUGCGAGAACAAUCACUAUGGCAUGGGUACGGCAGAAUGGAGAUCAGCGAAGAGUCCCGCCUAUUACAAGCGCGGAGAUUAUGUACCUGGGUUGAAGGUUGAUGGUAUGGAUGUUUUUGCAGUGAAGCAAGCAUGCGAAUUUGCUAAAGAUUAUGCACUAAAGAAGGGACCAAUGAUCCUUGAAAUGGAUACCUACAGGUACCAUGGUCACUCGAUGUCUGAUCCUGGAAGCACUUACCGAACACGUGAUGAGAUUUCGGGUGUAAGACAGGAGCGUGAUCCAAUUGAAAGAGUUCGGAAAUUGAUCCUCUCCCAUGAACUUUCCACUACUUCUGAACUCAAGGAUAUCGAAAAGGAACUCAGAAAAGAGGUAGAUGAUGCUAUUGCCCAGGCCAAGGAAAUUCCCCUGCCUGAUCCGUCUGAGUUAUUUACUAAUGUGUAUGUUAAAGGUCUUGGUGUAGAGGCAUUUGGAGCAGAUAGGAAGGAGCUGAGGACUGUUCUUCCUUGAACCGGGAUUUUGUAAGCCAGUAAAUUGUUUUCCGAGUCAGAUUUAAAAUAAACGUGGGAAGGCAAAAUUUCAGUCAACUGUUACCGUACUAAUGAUUCUUUCUGUAAAAAAUCCCAUCAUCCCUUCCUUAUUUUUAACUUGCAGUAUAAUUUUUCUGGCUAUACUUUUGCAACAUUACCUUUUAUUUUUUGGGACUUCCUAUUGCUCAAUAAUUGCUCGCGCCUUAUUGCCACUAUUAUGU